AGCUUUGGCUCAGACUCUUCCAGCGGUUUGUGCGGUUAUGGUGCGAUAUGCACCUCCUCGGAGGGCUGCGGCGUUUUUGCGCUUGCUCUGAGGAGCGGAAAGUGUCUUCACCCAGGGAUGGAAUCUGGGUACAACCUGGUCAAGAUGGUUGGUACCUGGCUGGAUUCAAAGGACACUUCCCAGAGGUUCCUUGCGGCUGGGAAGCCAUCGAGCCGCCGCUGUGCGGAGCGGUGGAACAGCUGGCAGAGACCAACAAGGACUUGGCCAGGUACCUUUUCAACAACGUGAAGGUGUGUGCGCAGUGCUUACGUGCCUGCGCGCAUUCACAACGUGCGUGCCAAGCAUGUGGGACGCAGUUGGGGGCCGUACCAGUGACCCAGACGGAGAACGUGCUCAUGGGCUUCAUUUUUGGUGUCGAGCGGACAUCAAAGUUUCCCCUGGUGAUUUCAUUGCGGAGACAAAGCACGGAAGCGAUCGUCUAUGACGACUUGCUGGCCAUGUCGUCCUGUCACCUCAACGCCCUGCCCACCAAUCAUUAUGUUCCGGAUUGGAAGUGGCUGCUGCGAGACCCAAAGGGUGCCAAGCAGCUCAUCAACAUCCUGGUGCAGGAGGCCUGGGAGGCAACUAGAUCAUUCUUGGAACACGCUGAAUGGCGAAGCUUCAUCUAUAGAGAAGGGGUCACGGAGGAGAUGAUUCGUCAGAACAUCAUGUGCGGGUUCAACAGUCCGCCGUCGCAGUCGCAACUGCACCUUCAGUGGAUCGUGUUGCCGCUGUUGCCCUUCCAUCAUCAGAAGCUCUUAGAUCGCACGCAUGCCCAGAAGGGCAGAUGGUUUCCCCUGGAGUACGUGCUGCCGAUCCUGGACUUGUUGGAAGAGGAGGAGAAAGUAUUUGAAGUGAACACCUUCACCACGGCGGAGGAUAUCAUCAGCUUCUUCAAUGGAAAGGGCAUAGUUUACAACGACGUGUGGGAGCAGAGCUAUGCCAGAUACUGCCGCAGCUACGAGGUCGCCAAUUGGAAGCCGAAGGACUUCUCCUAUGUGGUGAGGGAGGGCAACGUGCACGAGAUCACCGAGGUGCGAGGCGGCGUGCUCUUGGCGGGGAAGGUGGCCAUAGAGCCAUGUUCCCUUCAGGCAGAGGACAAGCUCCGCCUCCAGAAUUACGGGCGGAAAUACAGCGAUGGAAAGCCAGGUGGGACCUACUACAAGCACCACAAGGCCGCAAAAAUCGGCGCUGGUGGCAUUCAAAUCUGGCCUGGCAUCGAGAUUCUUUGUGACUGAGCCCGGAGGCCCCUUUGGAGCCCCGGGCCUUCGCAAAGGGCGUAGCCUGACGCGCACGUGUAAGCUCCGCUCGGCGUCGAUUGGACCGGUUGACCCC